ACACAGUCAUAAUAUCUCUCGCUAUCCUUUGUCCCUGGAGGUUACACGUGCGAUUGUGCAAGAGAGAGUGAGAGGCCUUUUUUUUAACGACUUCCCUCCCGUUCUUCUAUACGUUACUCAUAGGUAGGUGAGAUAAGAGUGCACAGUGCACACCGAAGGUAAACAAAGGAACGGUGUACAAUACUUACUACACCGAUGCAACAUCGACUGGGAAAUCGUCCAUGGUACAUUGGUAUAUAAUAUAUACCAACCGGACGUCGUACAUUUGUCAGGUACAUUUAAUACCAACGGCACGUUUAUCGUUUUUUGCUGCACUGCUGUACACGACUUGGUCUCGCGCUUUGGAGCAAUAGAAGGAUAAAAAGAAAUCGGUUGUGUCCUUGAAGGAUAUCUUUUUACACGUGUGCCUCUACUGUGCGUGUAAUAUACACUUUUGCUGCUGCUGUUAACGACUAUAUAAGUACUGAAAUAUCUACGUGCAGUUGAAAUAAUAUCGGAGUGAAGUGGAAAGUUUGGUUUUUCUACACGUGUACCGUAAAUGAUUCAUACAAAUGGUGAAACAAAUUCAAGUGGAGUGGUAAUACAGUCAGUGUGUGUUUUGGUCGGUCGAUUGCGUCUCACAUAAGUUUUUUCAUGUAGAGAAUUGUAAAUUGGUAAUCUUAAUCGCGACGUACUUGAAUUACCUGGUGGUACCGUGUAAUUUUUGUGAACCAAAGUGCAACAACAGCCGUUAUAUUGGAGAGGAAGCGGGAAAGCGGCGUGCCGCUGUUCUGUGUGCCGCGGCAGAGGCGCUCGUCGUCGCAAACGGAUAACAAUGACGAGAUGAUCGCAAGUCUACCGGUAAACGGUAGCGGAGGAGGAGGAGGGGGAGGCAGUGUCGCCAGCAGCGGAGGAGUCGUCAAUAGUUCCGGUGGGCUCUUUGCCAGUCCAGGCAGCCGGUCUGGACGUGGUUUAACGCUGCACCGGUCCAACUCGAGCUUGGAGCUGCCCCACAGCCCCGACCCUGGCUCGCGCAUCCCCGAGACGCCUCUGCGACGCGAGUAUGGAUCACACGGAAGCAUCGACGUAGUGGCGCAGUCGUGCUCGAUGAACGACAACCUGCUGGCCAUGCUCCAGGAGCUCCGUCCAGGCGAGUCGGUCCUUCGCAGUCCACUAACAUCCGAGCUCCUGUUGCGCCGGCAAUCCCACCACCAGCAACAAAUGCUCCACCACCACCAGAGCCUCCAGCCUGGCUCUUCGGAAGCCCACUCUGCCGACACGGACGAGGUCUGCGGAGUCCCUGGCUCUGGCUCCAGUCCCAAGCUCAGACUCAAGCUCAACCGGCUCUGGAGCGGCAAGCCUACCACCUCCAAGGCCCAGACCAGCCCUGGCGAUGACCAGCAGCAACCACAGCAGCAGAGCACCAACACCAUCACCAGUCCCUGCGUCACUCCUGUCGUCUCGGCCGACGUCGAGGAGCGCCACCGUAGACGAGCCUUCGCCCACUACGACUGCCAAUCGUUGACCGCGAAUUUGGGCUACGCGGCCAAACUCCGGGGCAUACUGCUCGCGAGGAGGAGGAACACCGCCACAGGGGCAUCGGCCGCCAGUGCGUUCAGAGCUUCCACGCCCGACGAGGCUCCCGAGGAGGAUGCCGGUGACGGCAAAGACAACGAACUCCUGGAGUCGUGCCCGUUUUUCCGCAACGAGACGGGUGGCGAGGGUGAGCGCGAGGUAGGUCUGACGCGCCGGGCCCAGCAGAGCAGCAACGGCUUGCACCGGCCGGCCUUGGCGUACGGCAUGAGCGUGCUCGAGCCCCCGGUGGGCGAGACCCUCUGGAAGCACACGUGUCCCCUGCAGAAGCGGCCCCUGCCGAUCGAGAGCGUCGACGAGGGCGCCCACUACUACCGGCGCUACUUCCUCGGCCGGGAGCACCAGAAUUGGUUCGGCAUGGACGACCAGUUGGGCCCCGUUGCCAUAAGCAUGCGCAAGGACGGUCACCAGUACCGCAUGAUCGUCAGGACGUCCGAGCUGUUGACCCUGAGGGGCUCCGUGCCCGAGGAAACUCUGCCCGGGGUGAGGCCUCAGCAGGCCAAACUGCCCACCAGAGAGAUUUUGGAGCUGGUUGCCCCGGAGGUGCAGAUGUGCUGUCUCAGGCUCGGCACGCCCGCGGCCGAGGAACCCGUGGCCAGGCUAGACGAGCAGGGACUGUCCAACAGGUACAAAGUUGGUGUGCUCUACUGCAGAUCUGGACAGAGAACGGAAGAGGAAAUGUACAACAAUCAGCACGCCGGUCCGGCUUUCCUGGAAUUCUUAGAAUCUAUAGGCCAAAAAAUAAGACUGAGAGGCUUCGAGGGUUACAAAGCGGGCCUGGACACGCGUACCGAUUCGACGGGUACCCACGCGGUAGCCGCGACUCAUCGUGGGGCGGAAGUCACCUUCCACGUCUCAACGAUGCUUCCUUUCACACCAAAUAAUCGCCAACAGCUGCUCAGAAAGCGACACAUUGGCAACGACAUAGUCACCAUUGUCUUCCAGGAACCGGGAGCACUGCCCUUCAGCCCGCGAAGAAUACGCUCGCAGUUCCAGCACGUGUUUAUAAUCGUGCGCGCGAUCAAUCCUUGCACGGAGAACACGCAGUACAGCGUGGCUGUGUCCCGGAGCAAGGACGUGCCGGUGUUUGGGCCACCGGUGCCCGCGGGCGGCGUUUUUCCCAAAGGCAAGCACUUUGCCGACUUCAUCCUCGCCAAAGUGAUCAACGCCGAGAACGCGGCUCACAGGUCGGAAAAAUUCGCGACCAUGGCCACGCGCACCAGGCAGGAGUAUCUCAAGGACCUCGCGACGAAUUAUUCUUCCAGCACGCUCGUCGAGACCGGGCAAAAGUUCUCAAUGCUGUCGUUCAGUAGUAAGAAAAAACAACCGGUACGACCGCGUUUGUCGUGCGACGCCUCGCAACGCGGUGCCAUCUGCUGGCAGGUCAUACUCGAGGAUUGCAAUCAAAACACCGACUGCUACUUCGGGGUGAGCAUCGACACCAUUGUCCUGAUCGAGGAGCACUCGCGGCAAAUCGUCUUUGUCGCGCCCUGCAUCAGCGUCCUAGGAUGGCACGCUCAGACAAACAGCCUACGGCUCUACUACCACCAAGGCGAAUGCAUCACCAUUCAUGUGCGAGGAGACUCAGGGGACCGGGACGAGCUCAUGGAGAUCGUGGAGCGAUUGAGGGCCGUGACUCAGGGAGCCCCGGCGACCGAGCUGUCUCUCAAGCGCAAUGCCCUCGGCCAACUGGGCUUCCACGUGCAGCCUGAUGGUGUCGUUACCCAGGUAGAGAGCAUGGGCUCAUCCUGGCAGGCUGGGCUACGCCAGGGCUCGCGACUCGUCGAGAUCUGCAAGGUCGCCGUGUCUACACUCAGUCACGACCAGAUGGUCGAUCUGUUGAAGACCAGCGCCCAGGUCACGGUCACGGUCAUACCGCCCACCAACGAAAUCACUCCUCGAAGGGGCUGCUCGUUGCAAAACUGCCAGUACCUGUCGACGAACUACGAGGGGGACUACGAGAACGUGACGAAUCCGGAUAACACACCGGGUCAGCAGACGGCCCUGUCCCACCAGAGGAGGUACGAACGCUCGUUUAGUCCGCCGCGCUCCAGCAACAGCUCCGGCUACGGCACGGGCUCGAGCUCGAGGUCGUUCAACGAUCCGCGGUUUCCCUUAGAAGGUACCGCGACUAGCAGCAGCAGCGGACACAGUAGCACCGACGAUCGAUGGUACGAACUUCUCGAGAACCAGGAUCAAGAGGGCAACCAUCGAAAGGACGGCACUCCGCCGCCCCUGCCCGCUAGGCAAAGUUAUCAGAACAGCACGCCAAAUAAAGUGAACAGUUGCACGCCAAAAAAGGACAAAGAGUCUCAUUACGCCGUUGGUAAUAAGAACUACGACAAAGCAGGGAGGCAAACUACCGCUACUAACCACGAGAGCAAUUACUCAUCGCCCCGGAGUAUUCAGGAGAGCAUCAGGCACGAGAAUUAUCAGAAGCUUGAGAAUGUCCAUCGCGUCCAGGACCACGUGUCGAGCAGCUACGUCAAAUUGCAGAAGGAAAAAUAUGAGACGAGGCAGGAGAACAUUUACGCGUCCCAGAGAGAAAUACAAAAGAAUGAAGGUCAUCAAAAGCUGUCGGUGUCAAACAUGAUUCCAGUGGUGCAAAACGCAUCAUACGGUCUCCCGAAAUCCGGUAGUAAUAACAAUCUGAUACGCUACGUCGAGUACGAUCAGUCUGCUGUCUACGGCGAGAGCAAGGCCGAUCGUGGCUCGAAAUCGUACGACGUCCACGCCGAGGAGAGCAAAGCCAACAGCGAGGAUAUCUACGACAGACGGAGAAGCAAGUACAGCGCAGAGUUGUAUCACCACCAGUUGGAAGGGGAUCGUAAGGAGAACCACGAGUUGGCACAGGCUCAGGAGUUUAAGGUCGGUGACAAAGUAACGUGCCUUAAGACGAGUAUGUCGGAGCGUCCUGUGCCCCACAAAGUCAGCAUCGAGUACAGGCCCAAGGAUAUCACGUCCAGUCUGCCACCUGAGGUCAGAAUACCCGAUGGCAACGUGACGGAUAUAUCCACUCUACCCAGUGAGGAUGAACUGUCCAAUGGAUCUGGGAACGUGUCGCCAAGACUCAGAAGAGCCAACAAGCAGCGCACGGGUAAUCUGACACCGUCGAGCGCCGGGUCCCGCAAUCAGAGUCCACGGCCAAAGUCCGGUGCACGAAACUCGCACAGAAACUCGGCGAACCUGACGUCCAGCACGUUGCAAGAGGAUCUCAUGAAGCUCAUCAAUCCUGAUUUUAUAGCGGACGAUGGGCACUCUCUGAUCAGUCAUAACGUGAAAAAUAGUCAGAACUCGGUGAACAAGAUGAACCGCCACAACAAUAAUAACAAUAACAACAAUAUGAUCGAAGUGCAGAAUCGCUGCAGGUCGCGUGAGAAUCUGUGCGGCAACAGCACGUCGACUUUGGCUGUGUUGGCGAAUGGAGCCCAAGAGAAUGGCAAUCCAGGCUCCGAGGUGAUUCUGACGAUGGCUAGGCCAGCGACUGUCAUAUCGAACGCCAGCACGGCGUCGAGUCCGGCACCCAGUGAAAACAAAAUGACGAAAGAGGAAAGACUGUCGCCACGAGUGACGAAAACUCCUCAACAAAUAAUGAAGUCGGCAAGUAAUCUGAUGAACAAAAAUGUAAAAAAUACGGCUGAGGCAGAUAUCGAUUCUUGGAAAGGGAAUCACCAUGACGAAUCGAAUAAUCGGUCAAAACAUGAUCAAGAUUGGUCCUGCGAUAGAGUAACGGAAGGAUUAAGCACAAUACCAACGUCGGUGACAGAUCUUCAGAGUCAUGUUUCGAAUCUAGAGUUGAGAAUGGCACGCGAAACACGGCGCAGACUUUCACUGGAGGAUGAAGUGCGCCGCUUGAGGGACGAAAAUCGUCGACUGCUGGACGAAAACAACGCAGCUACGCAACACAUAAAACGCUUCACCGAGUGGUUCAUGAUUUACUACCAUUGACUUUUUUUUUUGUUUCUCUGAUAAAAUUUAUCAUUAAGGAUAAAAAUUUAUUGAUUAAUUUUUACGAUUCGAGCGGAAUUUUAAAUUUUAACUUAAAAAUACACAUAGGAAUAUCAUGAAUAUUUUUUGUAUGAAAGUUUUGGUCUCCCUCUUUAGCACGUUAAUUUUAUCAUCUAGAAAUAUUUUCUUUAUACGAUUUGGCAUUGACAUUGUUAUUUUUAACUUUAUCUCACGAAAUUCAUUCACAUUAAACUUGUAGAACUAGUUGCUUUGUCGAGGAGAUUUUUUUUUUUUUUCAAUGUGUGUAAAUGCAGUAUUAAUGUCAAUUUCCAUAAAUUCGUGUGAACGUAAAAAAAAAAAAUUGUAAAAAUAUGGUAAGAAAAUGAAUUUGUUGCUAUUGUUUGAAAGAAAUUGAAGUGUACAGCGUUACCACCGUAAGUUAGGAUUUUUUAAUAAAAUAAAAAAAAAUAAGAGAAUGCUAUGUUGCAAAUCGAAAAGACAAAAACGGUUGUUAGCUAAUACUGAUUACAAAUGGAUUAUAUUAUAUACAUAGAUUAUAUAAAGGAAAAAAAUGACCAAAUAUUACCUGUACUUCUUAAGCUACUACUUUAAACUUAAGCUGUAACUGUUCUGUAAUUUAUUACACGAUUAUAAUACAUAAGUACGUCAUAGCGAAAAAAGAAAAUUGUACGACACGGCAAUAAAAAAAAUAUUAUUGAUAA